AUGCGCAGUGGACUCUCCUGCCUCCGCACGCCUUUUCCAGCGAGUCGAGGAGGCGCUUACGUCACCGUGCCGUCGAUGGAAAACCCUUCCGCUGCUCCACGGGAACGAGUCCACGCACCUGUAGCUUUCCUUACCCCUCUCCUACCCCAAUGCCAAAGACUUUCCCGGGCCGUUGCCAACAGUUCAGAUUUUUCCCGAACUUCUGACCGUGCGUCCCGCUCGAGCGCCAGCGCCCGCGCCCUCCGGCCCGCUUCCCCCUCUUCUCCCUCCUCAGUCGGCCCGGUCCUGGUCCCGCGCGUCUCGUCGCCGCGCGCAGAGGAAAAUGAGGUGGUAACGGGCCCCCGGAUGACCCCUCGUCACCACUUUGAGGUCUACAGUUCUGCCGGGGAGGAGGAAGAGGAGGAAGAGGAGGAGGAGAAGGUGAGGGGCGGGGGGGGGGCGGUCCCCGCCAUCCGCGCGCGACCCCCUCCAGCGCCGCGCGACCUGUCGGGGAAACCUGCGGGAUAG